AUGGGCCGCUACGACUUCCGCCCGAUGCGCGUGCGCCAGACGGCAAAGGCCCUCUUCGACUCGCGCCGCAACGCCAGCCUGCCGCAAUGGUACAACAUCAUCGGCGACAUCCCCCCCAGCGAGACGCUUGCCCGCCCGCUGCAGCGCGCCCCCACGCCCAAGAAGGCGCGCAAGCCCAGCCGCAUGUUCCAGCCGCUGCCCAUCGCAUACCCAGAGGACAAGCUGCGCUCCGACUUCUUCGGCGACCACCCGUGGGAGCUGGCCCGGCCGAGGAUCAUCGUCGAAGACAGCGGCAACGACUCGAAGCACCAUGACUGGAGCAACAUCGUGCAGCCCGGGAAGCAGCUCGACGGCGAGAGCGUCGUCCAGCGCCAGAUGUGGCUCAUGAAGCACCGCGCCAUGUCCAAGCCCACGGCCUACGACGUCGCCCGCCGCGAGUUCUACUUCCACCGCCACCGCGACGACAUCCGCCGCCGCGUCGCCCGGGAGGAGGCCCUGCACUGUGGCGCCUACUUCGGCAAGGGCCCGCUGGAGAUUGGCAUGGAGCUCGAAGACAACGUCUGGGAGAACUGGAAGAGUUGGGCACGCGAGCAAAUCGACGACGAGGAGGCCGCACGCGCACAGAUGUUCUCGGGCGUCCCGAGCGAGUCCACCAGCUUGGAGAGCACAGAGUUCGAGGCCUCGCUGGAGGAGGUGCAGGCCGAGCCCUCUGUGCUGGGCAAGAAUUUCCAGAUGUGA